AUGAAGUUUGGACACUUAUUUGCAGAAAUCGUUCUUCUGUUGGCUAAUUGCAUCCAAGUAUGGACUGCGAUUUGUCCAAGGGGUUAUUGGUCAGCUCACGUAGAGUCCCUGUCCAGUGGGAAGAAGAUAAAUCGAUUUACUAGUGAAAGAAAUGCCAGUUUGCAAUAUAUUCCCACAGGAAAUGAACCGAUUUGCCGCUUUUGUCCAAAUAUUAGUUGUUUUAUCAUGCGCCAAGUGUACGACAGAAAAGAUACCGGAUCUGAAGCCAGAAAGCCGAGAAAAUUUCGUAAUUCAACGAAAAACGUAGCAACUACACCAAAGCCCGUGGAACUUUUCACUCAACCAACAUUUGUAACUUCUGCAAGUACAUACGAUGCUAAUAAAGAGACCAACAUCACAAUGUCCUGCUCCCCUUUAUCGGAUCUACCAUUUCCUGACCAAAUUAUCACUUACCUAGACUGUGUUCAGAUUGGUCAGAAAGAUCAUUACUAUCUUUACAUUUAUACUCCGGUUAAUAAGGAGAAUAUAGUUGAACCCGUGGAUUGCAUUGAUCCUAACUUUCUUAAUUGGAUCCCUAAACGCGAGAGGAUUAAAAGCCUUGAAUUAGGCUUUCCCAUGAGGCGGUUGCCACCCUAUUUCUUCCGUUAUUAUCCGGAUAUUAUGGAGAAAACCGAGCAUGUUUGCAUCGAUUCGUCAUCCAUGCUCAACAAUGAAAUUGAUCCAAGUGAUAUGCAGCGUUUUGAUGGGAAGGUCUUAACUCAAGUCGUGUUUCGUCACCAAGGUUUAAAGAGAAACAUUUUGCCCCCUAAAGAACCACCAAAUACAGCAAGUACAGGAUGCACUAGUGAAGAGAUUGUAGCUGAAUGUCCUCGACUGGCAGCCAAUGGAAUGGGCAGAACAUUCCCUGAUAAGGAUUGCCGAUAUGCUGCAUCGGAACUGCCAAUAAAUAAUACCACAGUGAGUAAGGAGGAUAUAGAGAAGUCCUGUCCAUGCGUUCAGUGUUUCUACCAAAAACCUGAGGUUCAAAUGAGCAAAGCGGAGAGAAAUAAGCGUCCGGUGCCCAAAUAUGUAAAGACUCUCCUCAACAUGGCCCUUCUCGCGCUUGUAUUACUUCUAAUCUUCGGUACAGUGCUAGGAUUUUGUAUCAAUAAUAAGGAUAAAGCGAUGAUACUCUUUCUCACACGUACGCGUAAACGAAAACGAGAGAGGGAGGAGGCCUUGGCAAGAGAAGCUGCAGAGCGCGCUGCGAAGGAAGCGGAGGAGCAGAAUUUGGUCAACUGGAAUCCUUUCCUCAAUCGAUAUGGCAUGAUAGCUGGAGGUGGAGCAAUGGGUGGGUUCGGACCCUUUUCAUCACGUCUACCAAUGGGAGACGCAGAUGGUGCUGCUGGUGGGCAAUUUGGUGGUGCACAACAUUUAAAUGCAGUCAAUCAAGAGUCGGCGAAGGGCAAUUCACGUAAACGACGUUGA